UAAUGUCUACCCACCGCCUCAGAACCUUGUUGUCAAAGUUCUCUUUGCUGCUUCAUUAGGUUUUGGGUUUUCUUCCUCAUUUCACUCUAAUCAAAACCCCUUAAAUCUCAUUUUUUUUUUUUUUGAUUUUCACAAACACAUUCUUCACUGUUCAAACUUCAGAUCUGUAAAACCCACAAUCUCAUUGUCUCUCCAGUUUCAUUUUGCUUUCCUUCCCUUGUGGGUUUUGUUUGUUUUGACUUGAAAGUAUGAGUAAAGAAGAGUUCUUGAAGAUUCAGACUUGUUCUCUGAAAGUGAACAUUCACUGUGAUGGCUGUAAGCGAAAAGUGAAGAAAAUCCUUCAGAAAAUCGACGGGGUUUACACCAUCACUAUAGAUCCAGAACAGGGGAAGGUGACGGUAUCAGGAAAUGUUGAUCCAGAUACACUCAUCAAGAAGCUUGCAAAAAGUGGGAAACUUGCGGAGAUUUGGGGUGCUCCCAAGGCAAAUCCACAGAUCAACAAUCAGUUUAAGAACAUGCAGAUUGAAGGUGGUAAGGGAGGCGGAGGUGGAGGCGGGGGCGGUGGAAAUAACAAAAACCAGGGGCACAAAGGGGGCGGAAAUACUAACCAGCAUCAGCAUCAGCAGCACGGUAAAGGAGGACAACAGCCACCGCAGCAAGGUGGUGGUGGUGGUGGUCCGACCCCACAACAGAUUCAACAAUUUCAGCAAAUGAAAGGACUUCAAGAUCUGAAGAUGCAUCCCCAAUUCAAGGAUAUGAAAAUGCCCCCUUUUGGUAACAACGGUGGUGGUGGAGGAGGAAAGAAUGCACAGAAGGGUGUGAAGGUGGUUGAUGUCGAUGAUGGUAGUGAAGAUGAUUAUGAUGAUGAUUUCGAUGAUGAUGAUUUCGAUGAUGAUGAUGAGUUUGGUGAUGAUAUGGAUGAUGGUCCUGUGAAGAAACCGGUGAUGAUGGGUGGUGCAGGGCCUAAUAUGAUGAUGAAUCCGCAGCUGAUGAAGAGCGGGCAGAUGAAUCCGCAGCUGAUGAAGGGCGGGCAGAUACCACCGCAGCUGAUGAAGGGCGGGCAGAUGCCACCGCAGUUCAUGAACAGUGGGCAGAUGCCACCGCAGCAAAUAAAGGGUGCUCCCCAGAUGGGGAAUAAUGGGGGUGGAAAUGGUGGGAAGAAAGGCGGAGGCGGUGGUGGUGGUGGUGGUGGCGGUGCUAAUGUUCCUGUACAGGUGAAUGGUGGUGGGAAGAAAGGUGGAGGUGGAGGUGGUGGUGGUGGGGGAAACACCGGAGGCAAUCAAAAUCAAGGUGGUGGAGCAGGAAAGAAUGGUGGCAAGAAUGGUGGAGAUGGUCAAAAUAAGAAUGGCGGAGGUGGUGGCCAAAAUAAAAAUGGUGGCGGCGGCAGCGGGGGUGGCAACUUGAACAUGAAUGGAAAUGGAGGUAAGAAAGGUGGGAUGAAUGAUGGUGUACAUGGCAUGCCAAAUAUGAUGGGGAUGAAUGGCGCUGGGGGUAAUGUGGGGCUCAUGGGAAAUAUGGCUAUGGGUGCUCAGAUGGGUCCUCGAAUGGGUCCUCAAAUGGGUCAGAUGAAUAAUGCAGCAGCCAUGGCUCAAAUGGGUCAGAUGAGUAAUGCAGCAGCCAUGGCUCAAAUGGGUCAGAUGAGUAAUGCAGCCAUGUCUCAUAUGGGUAACAUGCAGGCUGUUCAAGGACUUCCGGCAGCAGCAGCAGCAGCGGGGAUUAACGGUGGUGGUGGUGGUGGUGGUGGUGGGUAUUUCCAAGGUGCAGGACCUGAAGCCAUGGCUGGUAACCCCUAUUAUCAGCAGCAGCUGGCGGCAGCAAUGAUGAACCAGCAACCGGCUAACGGUAACGAAAGAUUUCACCCUAUGAUGUAUGCUCGGCCACCACCGGCGAUCAACUAUAUGCAACCACCACCAUAUCAGCCUUACCCACCCUACCCCUAUCCACACCCACCACAGGGUGACCCUAUCACACACUACUUCAGUGAUGAAAACACCUCAAGCUGCAGCAUCAUGUGAGAAUACCCCAGUUGGAAAAAUGUCGCCCUGUGGCGGUCGGUGGCGGUUAGCGGUGGUGGCUUGGUGACCCAACCACUAGUCUCCAUGAACAAGAACCUUUUUUCUUUAGCUUUAGCUGUUCUACUUUUUUAAUUUUCUUUUACUUGAUCCUAAAGAUGGAUUAGGGUUUUUUUCUUUUAAAUUAUGAUAUCAUAGGGGAGUAAUAUAUAGAUGAUAAUAUGUUAUCAAAGCUUAGAGGAAGAAUGAGAUGUUAGUGACUAGUGAGUGGGGGAUGAUGAUGAUGAUGAUGGUCAUGAUGAUAAUGAUGAUGGUUUAUGCGCUUGAUGUUUAUAUGUGUCCAUAUGUUGGAAGAAACAGAAAUAAUAUGAAAAGAGAUUUUGGGGUUUUUAAGAAAAGUUCCCCCAUU